GAGUGCUUUUGAAGACGUAGCCACCAAGUCAUACUGAAAGUAUGCUGGCUUGAAUACAGCUCACAGUCACAAACAGCCAGAACUGAGCAUAUCCACAGAACUAGCAUCAUCAUCUUUCUCUGGUUUGGUCUUUGGAUCAUCUAAACAGACUCGGGCUUGAGAAAAUAAACAUCAAAAAAGCUUGCUACCGCUGAAAGGGAAAAUGGAAAAUCACACGGAUGAUCGUACCAAGGUAACCUCGGUCACCACAAGCAUGGCAGAGUUGGUGACCGCGUUGGUCUCCAGCACCAUUGACACCUCCCUCUACACCAACCCAGCCUCUGGUACAAACACCUCAUUUCCUACCGAUUUUCUGGACAUCAUCGAGGCCAACGACAUAACGUCCAGGGCGACCUACGUCUACACCAUCUUCAUGGCGCUGGCCUUGGUCUCGGCGGUCUUCCUCCUCUACGGUUUCAUCCAGUCGUACAGAGCCCAGAGGGAGCUGGCCCUGGUGGACUCUGUGCUCCUGGCCUUCAGCGUGUCCCAGCUCCUCCUCCUGCUCCUCUCCCUCUCCUCCGUGGCCUACAGGCCGAAAUACCUGGAAGCCACGCGCCUAGGCUGUGCCACGCUCUCCUUCUCUGUCAACACGGUGUUCCUCUGGGGGAUGCUGCUUCUGGUGCUCAUGGGCUACAUGCUGACCUUCGACGCCACGUCCCACCCCCUGCUGGGGCACUCUUGGGUGUGUGUGGGCCUGGCCCUGCUGGUCUCAGGCCUGUCCUCUGUGCUGCUGGCCGGGCUGCGAUGGCCCAGCCAGGGUGUGGAGGGGACGGAGAGAUGCGUCAUAGACGCGGUCGAAGCGGGGCGUUCUUACAUUGUCGCUAAGCUCUGCGUGUCCUUCCUGAUCCCUUACUUACUCCUCCUGUGCCUUCUGGUUGGCGGCUGCGUCCACCAAUGGAAAUCCAGUGACCGCUUCCUGUCGGGCGCAGAAGAAAGGUCGGUGUUUCUGGCGGUCAGCGCGGCGACGUUCGCUUGUCAGGUGUUUUACUUUGCGGCGCUGUUGAGAGGGGUGGGGCUGGAGGGGCUGAGCCACCGGGAACGGGCGUUCCUGAGCGUGGCGGAGUUGGUGAUGUACUCUGAGAGCUGCGUGUGUCUGGGGCUGGUACUGCUGCUUCACGGGCCCAGCAGAGAGAGCCUGGUGAGGGCAGGACGCCAGCUGCGGGACUGCUGUCGCAGCCUGAGGGGAGGGCAGACACACAGCCAAGUGAUCGCCCCGCACAUUGAGAUCGGAUCACAGACGUCGGAAUGAACAAUGACCACAUAGACCGUGAACUGUAUCUGACGCUCUGGAGCCCUGAACCCAAAGUGUAACUGUCAACAGCAACACGUUUCUUUAAGCUCAUGGCGUAGAAGUUUCAGGCUAACCAAAGUCCAUCAACAGAAAUACUGAGCUGUUGUUUUGUGAGCAGCUUGCUGAAUUGAAAUGAAAUUCACUUUUGUUUCUUCUGCAAAAGCAUCAGUUCACCUUCUCAAACUAAAUAUACUGAAUAUUUAUUUUUUUGCAAAAAAUAUUAUUUUGGACUUUGUACAACAGUACUGUAUCUGGAAGGCUUUUAUUAAUUGACUGGAAAAUCUCACUGAAAUGUUUACUGCCAAAUGCACAACUAAACAUUUCUUGCACAUUUGUUCAUAUUUAAGAAUUAUGUCAGCAGGUAUUUGUACAUUCUGGAACCAUUGCAGAAUGUUUUAGAACUUUUUUCAUUUUAUAGUCGAACUGUCUUAGUUACUUAUCCCUUAAUGUGUAUGAAAAACUGUUACAUGUCAUUAUAAAAUCAUAAUAAAAGCAAC